AACGAAGUGUUUAAAUGGUCUAUUUGUAAUCUUUUUGGAAGCUAACGAACUGUUUUGUAUACCAUUUAAAUUCUAAUCUAAAAUACCAGAAUGAAUGACCCGGACAGUUUUAUUGAAGAGUGGGUUAGGGAAAAUGAUCCUAUAACAAUGUCUCUCCCUGACAUAGAGUAUGAGCCUCAUCUUCUCAUAUCUAAGGUCCGCAAGCAUUACAUGGAAUAUGUGAUAAAACUUUUGUCAUUUAAUUAUGAGAAUAAUCAAAAGUUAUUAAAUAAAAAUACUUACCUUCCGAGUGCUAUAUGGAGAUGUGCCAAGAUAAUUGAAACUAAAGCAGCUCAAAGCUGCAUGGUUGUCGAGUUAUACAGGAAGAAUAUUUUAAAAAUGAUAAAUGAUUUAAAAGCUGACACAAAAAGAGGAAGACUUCAUAAAAAAUUGUUUGAAUGCUUGACAAGUCCAUCUUUAAAUGAGAAAAAAACUCAAACAAAGGCAGGCUCUUUUGAAUGUGAAUGUUCAUGUGCAGGACGUAAAAAAGUUCGGAAAAUUAAAGAGUCAUUUUCACAGACAUCUUAUGAGUGUGAUAAAGAAAUAAUGAAUGAAUCUCAAUUGUUCAAUUGUUUGAAUACUUCAACACCAUUAGAAACUCAAAGCAUUAAUAAAAUAAAUGAACUGCAAGCUGAAUCUGUAUCUCACAGUGCUGUUGAUGUUAUGCAGCAGUUAGAACAAAUCUUUCAAGGAGACUCUGCAGAAGAUUUAUUUGAUGGUGUUUUAUGUAAUUCCAAUGAUUUCAAUUAUGAAUGCACAAAGAAAAUACAGCAGGAUAAUCAAGAUAAAAGCAUUGGUUUUAAUAAUGAAUCUGUGAAUGAAAGAUUUGCCUCUAUAGCUGGUACUGUAGAAAGAAAAUCAGACAAUGUAAUAGAAAAAAAAACAUUGAAAAAUAAGAAAAAUUCAGGCAAAUGGUUGUGUGAAGAGUAUUUCCUAAGAACGAAACUAUUUGAACUAUUAGACCAGAUACAAGAUUGUAACAGAGAUAAAUUGUUAAGGAUAAAGCAGAUGCUUCAUGAACUGUUUGGUGAUGAUAGUGAUGAUGAAGGUGUUGUCUCUCCACUAAAUGAAACUCAUGAAUUUGUUAUCAGUUGCAAGGAAAGAGUAGCACCAUGGGUUGUGAAAUUGUUAACACCAUAUUACAUUAAAGGGAGAAUAAGAGGCAAAUCCCUCUUUAAAGCUCUUGCUAAACAUCUCAUAAACUUAAUCUACCAGUGCAGCAAAUAUCCUCAGGAACAUGAAGUUGUUAGUUUCAUAACAGACUUUCUCGAAAACCACCAGAUGAUAAGAUGCGAAGCUGAUUUCAAACAGUUUAAGAUUCAUAAUAUUUGAGAAGAUCCAUCGUCCAAGUCCAUAGGGCUUAUCAACUGUAAAACUGAGAUAUGUUUCUUGUACCUAUUUACUAUCAAUGUUGAUUAAAGGAAAACAUUUUUGAUUGUA